AUGAAGGGUCUCUUCGUUGCUGCUAUCGUUGCCGCCGCCGGGGUGCAAACCAUCGCGUCUGCCCCGUCCCAGGCCCCCUGCCCAACUCCGCUGGACGUAUUCGCCGUGUACGACCUCGUACCCUGCAAUGACCCGCCCCGCACUACGACUUCACCCACCCAAGUGCCGACUCCCGCGCCCUCCAAUUCGACUUCUACUCCCACCACAACCACCCCUCCCUCACCCACCACGACCUCCACUUCCAAGCCCACUACGACUAAGGCGACCCCUACGACCUCUACUUCCAAUCCCACCACGACCAAGGCGAGCCCUACUAAAACGACAGCCAGCCCCACACAAGCUCCCAACCAGUGCGGCCAUUGCACCAACUGUUAUUAUCCCCUCUCUCAAUCGUGUUAUGUGGGGUGGACUGCCCGCCAAUGCACCUCGGUACCUCAGCUCAAGUGGUGCGGAUAUUAGAAAGUAAACGAUAUUUUGUCAUGAGUUUCGAAAGCAAACGGCUUGCUUCAAGGUAGCUGAGGAAAUACUAGAUAGUUACUCCCUCUGAUAACAUUUUAACUAUUGUAUACCGCUUACGCUUUGGGCGC